GGAAGUGCUUCUCAGGACCAUAUCCGGAGGAGGUCGCCAUGGCUGCCCCUGAGCAGGUGCUCGCCUUACAGGCUGAAGUUGCCCGGCGUGAGGAGGAGCUGAGUUCUCUGAAGCAGCGGCUGGCGGCAGCUCUUUUGGCAGAACAAGAACCUGAGCCAGAACGGCUGGUUCCGGUGUCGCCGCUGCCGCCCAAGGCCGCCCUGUCCCGAGAAGAGAUUCUGCGCUAUAGCCGGCAGCUAGUACUGCCAGAGCUGGGCGUGCACGGACAGCUGCGCCUGGCUGCCGCGUCGGUGCUCAUCGUGGGCUGCGGUGGACUCGGCUGCCCGCUGGCGCAGUACCUGGCCGCAGCCGGCGUGGGCCGCCUUGGCCUGGUGGACUACGACGUGGUAGAGAUGAGCAACCUAGCCCGCCAAGUGCUGCAUGGCGAGGCACUGGCCGGACAGGCCAAAGCCUUUUCUGCUGCCGCCUCGCUGCGCCGCCUCAAUUCGGCGGUGGAGUGCGUGCCCUAUGCUCAAGCGCUUACCCCAGCCACGGCCCUAGACCUGGUCCGCCGGUACGACGUGGUGGCCGACUGCUCCGACAACGUGCCCACUCGUUAUCUGGUUAAUGACGCCUGCGUGCUGGCCGGCCGUCCUCUUGUGUCGGCCAGCGCCCUGCGCUUCGAGGGUCAAAUCACAGUUUACCACUAUGACGGUGGGCCUUGCUAUCGCUGCGUGUUCCCCCAGCCACCCCCAGCAGAGACGGUGACCAACUGUGCAGAUGGUGGGGUGCUCGGUGUGGUAACUGGGGUCCUGGGCUGCCUGCAGGCGCUGGAGGUGCUGAAGAUCGCUGCAGGCCUGGGUCCCUCCUACAGUGGCAGUCUGUUGCUCUUUGACGCUCUCGGAGGGCAUUUCCGCUGUAUUCGGCUGCGGAGGCGCAGGCCCGACUGUGCAGCUUGUGGGGAGCGCCCCACUGUUACCGACCUGCAGGACUAUGAGGCCUUCUGUGGCUCUUCAGCUACCGAUAAGUGCCGUUCCCUGCGGGUUCUGAGCCCAGAGGAGCGUGUUUCUGUCACUGACUAUAAGCGACUUCUGGAUUCUGGGGAACCCCAUUUAUUGCUGGAUGUCAGGCCUAAAGUGGAGGUGGACAUCUGUCGUUUGCCUCACGCCCUUCACAUCCCUUUGAAACAUUUAGAACGGAGGGAUGCGGAAAGCCUGAAACUCCUGGGAGAAGCAAUCCAGGAAGGGAAGCAGCGUAUUCAAGAAGGGGCUGCACUCUCCAUUUAUGUGAUUUGCAAACUAGGAAAUGACUCCCAGAAAGCCGUGAGGAUCCUGCAGUCCUUAACAGCAGCCCAAGAGUUAGACUCUUUAAUGGUUCAGGAUGUGGUGGGGGGACUCAUGGCCUGGGCUGCCAAAAUCGAUGGGUCAUUUCCACAGUACUGAAGUGACCGUUGUCAUACCUCAAAGAUAUAUUUAUUUACAUCCUUCCAAUAAUAUAGAGAAGAAUCCAGUAUUCUUUAUAUGACUACACAACCUCCUUUUUAUAAGGAGCUUUUUGGUUGUAAUGUGAUAUUAAUGGAUUAUAAUACCCUCUCUGAGAACUUUCUUGAGUUUUCAGCAUUUAGAGGAUGCCUUGAACAUCAGAUAUAAUGUGAUAGGAUUUUGUUUUACUUUUGCCUCACUUGCAUUUUUCCACCUCUUUAAAUCAAAACUCUAAAUCAUACAUCUAGAAUUAAGAUGUAUACUUAGUCUUACUGAGUUGAUCACAGAUGAUAUAUUUGGUGUCGGUUUAUUGUUAAUAAGAUAUUAUUUGGGUCUUAUUUCUACUUCAAAUAAUAGAAUAUAUCCUACAGAAAUAAAUGUUUAAUAAAACUA